CUUUGUUUGUUCCAUUAACUUUAAACAUUAACAUUGUUUCGUUUUCCUUAAUACAUGUACUAGCAUGAUUUUAGAAUAUAAUGUUAGUCAUGCACACUUAUUAUUGCAAACAAUCUGUAAACUUAGUUGAUACAUAUGUACUUUCAUUGAAUUAUAUAUGACAUUGUUAGAUGAUACUCUACUUUUAUAUCAUAAUUGUACAUUUAUAUAUUAUAUAGCAUGAUAUAUGAAUGAUAAUUUUAGUGAAGUUUUUAGUAGGCUUUUACCAGUAUACAGUUGGUCCCUCAGAGUAUUGUUAUGGAUUUAAAUUACAAUUGGUAAGCCAGUUGUUACGAUAGGUGCACCGAGCUAUAGUGUUGACUAUGGCAGCUCUAUCAUAUUGGUCUGUACAGUAGUGGCUAAUCCUGUAUACACCACUGUCAGUUGGACUAAAACACCACCAGGUGGCAGUACAGAAAACGUCGAUCUGUCUAAUACUGCAAAAUAUUCUGGAUCCCAAAUAGGUUUACCUUCACUAACGAUAAAAUCAGUUGUUCAGAAUGAUGAAGCUACAUAUGUUUGUAGUGCUGCCAACAGCAUUGGACUGGGAUCCAGUUCUGGGACUGUUUUAAAUGUAGCUGGAGGUCUGUUAACUGUGACUGUUCUUCAGACGUCUUAUUCUGUUCUCCUUGGUAACACAGCCACAUUAGGUUGUUCAUGGUCUGGUAUCCCAUCAGCCAGUUUCAUCACAUGGCAGAAAGUGACAAAUAAUGUACCAGUGGAUAUUAAUGUUGGUGGAAGUAACGGAAAAUAUGUUGGUGCCUCUGUGUCCAGCCCUUCACUAACAAUCACGAACGCUAUCAAUGAUGACAAGGCUGAAUAUAUCUGUACAGCGACUAAUGCAGCAGGACGGGCAUACAGUGAUAGAACAUCUCUAGAUGUGACAGGAACUGUUCCUCAGGUACAGAUAUUACAAGAUUCUUACUCUGCAAAUUAUGGUACCUCAAUCACUUUAGAUUGUAUUGUAACAGCUGUACCACUUCAUACAGUCGUGACAUGGAUAAAAACUAAAAGUGGAACAGCAACUAAUAUCAACAUUGCAGCCUCUCAAGGGAAAUAUAGUGGUGCUACAGUGAGUUCUCCAUCAUUAGUUAUUAACAGUGCUAAUCUGGAUGAUGAGGCGAGUUACGUGUGUAGUGCUGCUAACAGUAUUGGGAUUGGGAACAGUUCAUCAUCAGUUCUGGAUGUUGUCGGAGGUUUGCUGACAGUGACCAUUCCAACAGGCCCCUACAGUGUUCAGGUCGGCAGCUCUAUAACCAUCCCAUGUAUAUUAUCUGGUCUUCCUUCUGCAACACAAGUCCGCUGGAGAAUGAUUCAGAAUACCAUUACCACUGAUAUAGACAUAGCUAGUGGUGGAGGAAAGUAUUCAGGGUCGUCAACACUUACACCUGCUUUAACCAUUAAUAAUGCACAGAAAUCAGAUUCAGCAAACUAUCAGUGUACAGCUACAAACGUGGUGGGCACCUCAUCCAGCCAAGAAUCUUUUCUCAAUGUAUUUGGAAAUGUUCCUGUUGUGCAGAUUCCAGCCAGUACAUACUCAGUUGAUUUUGGCGGGAAUGUUAUAAUUCCAUGUUCUAUACAAGCUAAUCCACUGCAUACUUCUGUCCAAUGGAAAAGAUUUUACCAAGGAGUCCUACAAAAUAUAGAUAUAGCAAACUCUGGUGGGAAAUAUUCUGGAUCUACUUUGAACUCACCCGAUUUGGUCAUAAACAAUGCUGUUUCGGCUGAUGAGACAAAUUAUAUAUGUACAGCUACCAAUGCUAUUGGGACAGGCCAAAGUUUUUCAAGUUUCUUGGAUGUAAUUGGUGGUUUACUUACCGUUUCAAUUCCAUCUAACCAAUACUCUGUACCUGCCAGUCAGGACAUACAACUUGUCUGUAAAGUAACUGGUACCCCAGCUGCCACUUCUGUUCUUUGGAAAAAGAUAACAGUUGGAAGAAGUGUUACACAGGAUAUAAAUGUUGCCAGCAGUAAUGGUCAUUAUUCUGGAGCCACAGUGGCUACACCAUCACUAACCAUACAUAAUGCUGGGGAAACAGACAAUGCUAAUUACAUUUGUACUGCUACGAAUGCUGCAGGUGUGGCUCAGAGUCAAACAACGAAUCUUAAUGUUAUUGGAGAUAUCCCCACAGUAGUGAUAUUAAACCCUCCCUAUACUGUAUCUUAUGGAGAGACCAUCACCAUUCAGUGUCAGGUCACUGCUACUCCUUCAGCUAACAACAUUAUCUGGACUAAAACCAUAAAUGGUGUGGAUACACUGAUAAAUGUUGCCAGUUCUAAUGGCAAAUACUCAGGUUCUACUGUAGAUAGUCCAUCUCUAACCAUAACAAAUGCCAAUAUAAAGAAUGAUGAAGGGAACUAUGUCUGUUCAGCAACCAAUAGUCUUGGAACGGGUCAAAGUGCUUCUGUUUUCCUUGACGUCAUUGGAGGUUUGCUGACUGUCAGUGUACCACAAGCUAAAUACACAGUCCAGCAGGGGAGCAGUAUACAGAUGAUAUGUUCCUGGAGCGGAACACCUAGUGCUACAGCUGUUGUAUGGAAGAAGUACAUCCAGGGUGUACCAACAGAUAUCAGUGUGUCUAAUGGCAAUGGGAAGUAUGGAGGAUCUACCGUUACAUCACCUUCUCUCACGAUUAAUAACGCUGAUCAAAGUGACAAAGCCACAUAUGUUUGUACUGCCACUAAUGCUGAAGGAACUUCAAACAGUCAGCCAGUAAAUCUGGAAGUCACUGGAGGUGUUCCUGUUGUAAGAGUUAAGCAGUCUGUCUAUACAGUUAACCAUGGAAGUUUUGUUAUUUUGGAGUGUACAGUAACAGCCAAUCCUACACAUACAACGGUACAAUGGUAUAGAAUCGUUAAUGGUAACCCUGUUAGUGUGGAUAUAUCCAAAUCUGAUAAGUAUAGUGGAUCCACCGUCAGCAAUCCAUCACUUACAGUUCUCAGUGCUACAAACGCUGAUGAAGGAAAUUAUGUCUGCUCAGCAACAAAUUCUGUAGGAACAUCUCAGAGUUCACAAACAUUUUUGGAUGUCUUAGGAGAUAUAUUGACUGUCAUUAUUCCCCAAAGUCAGUACCAGAAUGACUUUGGCACCAAUGCCACCCUUACAUGUCUUGUGACUGGAAGUCCUGCUGCCACUAAUGUAUACUGGACAAAAAGCCAUGCUGGCGGGACCUCAACAAACAUUGACAUGACCAAUACAAACAAAUAUAGCGGAUCAUCAGUUAAUAAUCCUUCCCUGGUUAUAUCUAAUGUUGGUACAAAUGAUGAGGGGGAUUAUGUCUGCUGGGCUACGAAUGCUGUAGGAACAGCACAAAGCAGCUCGACUAAUUUAAUAAUCAGUGGUAGUAAGUAAAUCCUCCAACGUAGAUGAUAUCCCUGUUAGAACCCUUCAUCUCCUAAUAUCACUUCAGUGUGUCGUUAUUAUCACAACAGUAGCCAUGUCUAAACACACUGGAAUUACGAUAUAUGUCACACCCAAAUCUAAAUCUUAACAGACUUGUAGUCAAUGUUACUCUCAAGUUACUAUUGUCUGUAGAAUACAAUUUUCAUGGAUUAUAUAUUAUAUAUCAUGUAAAUUAAAUACUCUCAUAAUUAUUUUUUUUGC